CAUAUCGGAUUCAACGCUUCAGACUUUAGGUGGUGGUGCUCCCUUUAAAACAAGUCUGAGUCAUGCUGCUGGGUCACUGAAGACUUCUAACAAAACUGACAGUAAACGAGUUGUUACCUUUAGCGCUGACACACAAUGGCUGCGCUGUGCCGCCUGAAGCAGAGCUGCCCCCUGAGAAUUGCUAUCUCUCAACUUCACACAAGCAGCUGUGCCUCUGCAAAACAACAUUACAAAAUGUUAGUACUUGGAGGAGGAACUGGUGGGAUUGCAAUGAGUGCACGAAUGAAGAGGAUCAUGGGAGCUGAGAAUGUGGCUGUUGUGGAGCCCAGUGAGAUGCACUACUAUCAGCCCAUAUGGACCCUGGUUGGUGCUGGUGCAAAAACUGUAGCUUCAUCGGGUCGGCCAACAGCAAAUGUUAUGCCAUCAGGAGUGAAGUGGGUGAAAUCUAAAGUUCAGGAAAUAAAUCCAGACACAAAUACUGUCCGCACAGAUGAUGGCACUGAAAUCUCCUAUGAGUAUAUGAUUGUGGCUCUGGGUUUACAACUUCAUUAUGAGAAGAUCAAAGGACUACCAGAGGGGUUUGAAUAUCCAAAUAUCGGGUCAAACUACUCACUUCAAACUGUGGAGAAAACAUGGAAGGCACUGCAGAACUUCAAAGAAGGCAAUGCUGUGUUCACAUUCCCAAAUAGUCCUAUCAAAUGUGCUGGAGCACCUCAGAAGAUCAUGUAUCUAGCAGAUGCUUAUCUCAGAAAGACAGGAAAAAGGGAAAAAGCCAACAUAAUAUACAACACAUCCCUACCUGUACUCUUCGGGGUGAAGAAAUAUGCUGACUCACUGUGGGAAAUUGUGAAACAACGUGACCUAAAAGUGAAUCUCAGGCAAAACUUGAUCGAAGUACGGGCAGACAAGCAGGAAGCUGUGUUUGAAAACCUUGACAAACCUGGGGAAACCCAAGUGCUUGAGUAUGAAAUGCUACAUGUCACACCACCAAUGGGACCUAAUUUGGCAGUUAAAAGCAGCCCACUGGGUGAUGAGGCUGGCUGGUUGGAUGUCAACAAAGAGAACCUGCAGCACAACAAGUAUCCAAAUGUGUUUGGGAUUGGAGACUGUACCAACCUGCCCACAUCUAAAACGGGUGCUGCUGUCGCUGCACAGUCUGCCAUCUUAAACAGAACCAUCAGCAAAAUUCUGAAAAACGAAAAGCCUGAUAAAAAGUAUGAUGGCUACACGUCAUGUCCCUUGGUUACAAGCUACAACACAGUAAUUCUGGCAGAGUUUGACUACAAUGGAGAACCACUGGAAACGUUCCCCAUCAACCAAGCCAAGGAAAGAAGAAUAAUGUACCACAUGAAAGCUGAUGUGAUGCCUCACCUCUAUUGGCAUGGGCUCCUCACGGGCCUGUGGGGUGGACCAGGACCAUACAGGAAACUCCUUCAUCUGGGAAUGAAAUGAAACCUCAUCAUCAGUUUGCAUAUUAAGAGUUAAAUAUCUUAAAUCUUCUCUACAAAGGUGGAAGAAUAUAGUGGGUUUGCAUUGAUAUUAUUUGGAGCCUGGACAUUAUGACUGAUCAGAGAAAGAUGGAUCAAGUCGUGCAUUUGUAAGAUGAAAAGACUCUUUGUUAUUUGAAAGGGUUGCUUUAUAAUGCAUCAAAUCCAUUAUUCAACCAGUGAGGUUUUUAUAGGAGCCUAGAGCAAACUUUUGCAGGAGAUUCUUACUCCACAUGCCAGUAUAUUUUUUAGAAGUCAAAAACCAGUGGCUAAAUUGAAAUUAGUCGGACUAAUGCAACAUUUACUUCUCUGCAGAGUAGACACUCAUUUUUCCCACGUUAAUCCAAUGAACUGACCAAAAACUGCUUUGCCUUUUAUGUGCAAAUUGCAGUGUAAAUGAGCCAAAUCAAUGACCAGUUCUGAAUUGGUAUAAUCACAAUUGAUAUUUUGCAGGAUAUUGAUGAGAUGCUGUAGAUCUGUAAUCACUGUUGACCAGUUGUUAAGGAUGUUGUGUUGACCAUAGCAAAACAUAAAAAUAUACACUUUUUCAGAUUGAUGUGUUAAAAAUAAUGUAUGCUAGUGAAAGUCAGCCAUAUGUAGUUUCUCAUCAUUUUAGGACUUACAUAGUCUUGAGUGUUUCCAGUUUGAAUGCUAAAUGUCUUUAUUCCAGCCAUAACUCUACAGUAAUCUGCAUUACCAAAAGCAUUAUGAAUAAUUAUUAUUGGGAAUCACAGACCAUUAACAUGCAAUUAAUCAAUUAUCACAAGUGUUUUUUUCUUAAAUGUAAAGAUGAAUGUCAGAAACAAUUUUGUACAUGAUGAUUGUAUUUUUAUAUCAGUUAUUAACAUCUUGGUGAGACAUUCAGUGCUUACUUCAUUGUUGCCCUUUAACCACCAAAGUGACUGUACAUUUGUAGGUUUUCUUUUAUGAUGAUAAAUAUAUGAUCAUAAAUAUAAUCUUGAUAUAGUUUUAACCUGGUUUCACUUACUAGUUUAUGUCUUAUUUUUGCUGCAGUGUGGUGUGUUUACUUUCCUGCAGUCCUGACUAAUAUCGCUAUCAAGCUGCAAUUUGAGUAGAGCCUUUGCUGCACAAGAGUCCACAUGCUGUGUCCCAACAUGCAAUGUUUACAAUCUACUAAAUUGGCCGUGACUGUC